AUGUCUAUGAAGGCAAUCAUAUCACAAGCACCGGGAGAGGCCUCCUUCGUGUCGGAUGCGGCAAAACCGGUGCUCCGCGACGAUUAUAUUCUUGUCAAAACCGCUGCUGUAGCUUUGAACCCCACGGACUGGAAACACAUCGAUUUCAGGGCAUGCAAAGGGGCAAUUGUAGGGUGCGACUAUUCCGGCGUAGUUGAAGAGGUGGGCAAGGAUGUAAACAAGCGGUUGAAGAAGGGCGACCGGGUAGCUGGCUUUACGCAUGGUGUUAACCACAGCAAUCUAAAUGAUGGCGCCUUCGCCGAGUACAUCGUUGCCAAAGGCGAUCUCCAGCUUCAUAUACCGGAUAGCCUCUCCUUUGAAUCAGCGGCCACAUUGGGCUUAGGCAUCAUAACAGCUGCACAAGCGCUAUACCAGUCUCUGGAGCUGCCGCUGCCUGAUGCCCCAGUUACAACGAAGAAUCUCCCGGUGCUAGUCUAUGGCGGAAGCACGGCAACCGGGACAUUGGCAAUUCAGUUCGCGAAGAUGUCGGGAGCAAAGGUGAUCACAACAUGCUCGCCCCGGAAUUUUGAACUUGUCAAGACACUCGGCGCUGAGGCCGCCUUCGACUACCUAACAUACUUCCCACUCAGAAUGACCCCGAGUGUGGCCAGCGUAUUCGCGACUACACAAACAACGCUCACCCACGUACUCGACUGCAUCUCCCUCGACCCUUCUGUCAGCAUUUGCACAAGUGCCUUAAGCACCUCGUCCCCCAGUAUCUACGCCUGCAUCUUGCCUAUCACUCUCCCCGCAACAGUCUCCCCCGACUUAGUCCAGGUCCGGCCCUCCGUUGCCUUCACCGCGCUGGGCGAAAACUUCCGCCUCGGGACUGGGCCAGAGUUUCACGCUUCGGCUACAGAUUUCCAAUUUGCCGUAAAGGUUUUCGAGGUGUCGGAGCGACUGCUAAGAGAAGGGAAGCUAGAAGUGCAUCCACCCAGUGUAAGACCGGGGGGUUUGCAGGCGGUGUUAGGAGGAUUACAGGAGAUGAGAGCCGGGAGGGUAAGUGGCGAGAAAUUGGUGUACAGAGUGUCCUAA